CCACGUACAAGCUCAACAAUAAUUAAAGUCUUGAGAUAUUCGAAGUGCAAAGAUUACUAAAAUGGAUCUCUCAAGAAACCUAAACCUCACAUUCUUGGUCCUCCUCGCGGCGGCGGCAGCCCUUGCACCGGGCGGCGAAGCGGCGAUCACCUGUGACACGGUGUACAGUGACCUGAACGCGUGCCUUAACUACGUUAUGUUUGGUGGAAAUGUGGCGUCGGGAUGUUGCAGUGGAAUGAAGACGCUGGUCGGCGCCGCGAAGACGACGGCGGACCGGCAAAGCGCUUGCUCGUGCUUGAAGUCUAUUGCUUCCAAUGCCAACGCCUCACAGCUUAGCAGGGCAGCUGGGCUUCCGGCCAAAUGUGGUGUCAACAUUCCUUUCAAGAUUGGCCCUAACAUUGACUGCUCUAAGGUCAAGUUUGGCUUUUGAAUUAAUAUAUAUGUGCCAUAUGUUUGUGUGUAUGCAUGUAAAUCUAAUAUGCUGUAUACUGUGUUUUAAAUAAUAUUUAUGGUGAUUUUCUUUGUGGUGUAAUUAUGUGAUAGUGAAAUUAGGUUGAUAAUGUGAAUUUAAAGAAAUGUUAUGUCAUGGAA